AUGGAAUAUAGUGUGGCAAAAGAUGCAAUCUUCUGUUUGAAUUGUUAUCUUUUCAAACCCGAUUAUGGUGACCAAACAGGUGGUGAAGUUUUUGUGAAUAAGAGAUAUAAUAAUUGGAAAGAUAAAGCAAAAGUCAAAAAACAUGUUGGUGAUCAUUCUAGUACUCAUAACCAAUGUCAUGCCAAGUGUGUUGAUUUGAUGAACCAAAGGCAACACAUCGAUGUAAAUCUUGAUUGCGUGUUGAAAAAGGGCAAAUCGGAUUAUCGUAUUCACUUGAAUGCAUCAAUUGAUUGCAUUAUAUUUCUUUUACAUCAGGGAUUAGCAUUUCGUGGUCAUGACGAGUCGGUUGAAUCUAAAGAUCAAGAAAUUGUGAGAGAUAAACAACCAUUUUCUUUACUAGUUGAUGAAUCUCGUGAUGUGGCAAUGAAAGAACAAAUGACUAUUGUUUUUCACUAUGUGGACAAAAUGGGUUGUGUUAUCAAACUUUUUAUUGGGAUUGUGCAUGUUAAGAAUACUUCUGCAAAGUCUUUGAAAACUGCAAUAGAUGCCUUUUUUGUGAAGUAUGGAUUGAGUUUGACAAGUUUACGGGGCCAAGGUUAUGAUGGAGCAAGCAAUAUGAGGGGUGAGUUCAAUGGUUUGAAGACUUUAAUAUUGAGAGAAAAUAAAUUUGCUUUCUACAUUCAUUGUUUCUCUCAUCAACUCCAAUUGGCGCUAGUCAAAGUUGUAAGUAAACAUUCAGCAUUGGGUGAAUUUUUUCAAACUCUUUCUAUGUUAUCAAACACUGUGGCAGCAUCUUGCAAGCGCAGAGAUCUUCUACGUGACAAUCAGUAUGAAUAUGUGAUAUCUUUGAUUUCUAAUGGUGAUAUUCAGACGGGACGCGGUUUGAAUCAAGAAUGUACUAUUAAACGACCAGGAGAUACACGUUGGGGUUCACACAUAGGGACAAUUCAUAGUGUCAUAAACUUAUUUUCUUCUGUUGUUGGUGUGCUCAGAGUGAUUGAGAUUGAAGGAGAUGAUUGGCAAAACAAAAGUCAAGCAAGGAGUUUAUUACGAAUCAUGGAGAAUUUUGAAUUCGUCUUUUUGUUAUUCUUGAUGAAGAAAGUAUUGGGAAUCACAUAUGAACUGUCACAAGCAUUACAAAGAAAAGAUCAAGAUCUCCUUAAUGCCAUGCAGUUUGUACAAAUUUCGAAGCGUCGGUUGCAUAAAUUGAGAAAUGAAGACACUUGCUUCGACAUAUUGUUGAAAGAAGCUUAUGAUCUGUGUAAAGAUAAUGACAUACCAAUCCCGGAGAACAUGGAAGAUAAUUUUGGGAGGACAAAACGAGGGAUUGCGCCAAUUACGAAUAAACAUCAUUUUAAGGUGGAAUUGAUGUACACAGUUUUAAAUAACAUUCAAUAA